AUGGAGUUCCCAGCAUUCCACGACCCUCAAACCCCGCACACCCAUACCGUCAUCUUGCUCCACGGCCGCGGCAGCGAUGGCCCCGAGUUCUCCGAGGAGCUCUUCGAAUCCGCAACCUCCACAGGCGACAACCUAAAGACUCGACUGCCCGGCUGGCGCUGGGUUUUCCCAACAGCCCGCGACCGAUGGAGCACCACGUUCCAAGAGGAGAUGUGCGCCUGGUUCGAUGCUUACUCUCUGGAUGACAUCCACGCAAAACAAGACCUGCAGGUCGCCGGACUGAGAGAGUCCGUUGAGCAGAUCCUCCAGAUUCUGGAUGACGAGGUCAAGUUGCUAGGAGGCGAUUACCGUCGUGUCUAUCUUGGAGGUAUCAGUCAAGGAAUCGCUACAGCUCUGUGGACGUUCUUUGGUGGUGUCGCAACAGGUCGGAUUCCUGAACCGCUCGGUGGUCUUCUUGGCUUUUGUGGCUGGCUGCCUUUUGCGCGGCAGUUGGAGGAUUUACUGCAGUCGUCUGAGAGUCCUGGCACGCAGAGCCUGCGACUAGUAUCUGGAUUCUUUUUGGAUACCAUUGCCAAAGACAAGACAACCGGUUUCAACGAACUGCUGAGCACGUCUGCUGUAUCAACUCCGGUCUUCUUGGGCCAUGGAGCGGACGAUGAGUGGGUAUCUGUGGAACUGGGCCGGCAGACAUCUCUGGCUUUGAGUCGAGUCAUGCCCCAUGUCGAAUGGUCGGAAUUCAGAGGGGCAGAAGGAGAUGGACAUUGGAUUAAGGAGCCCGAGGGUUUUGACCAGAUUCUUAAGUUUCUGGAGAAGGGAGCUGUCUCAUGA